AUGCCCGAGACAAUCCCCACUGUAAUCGGCGGCGGCGCCGUCGCCUUCGCCGCCCUUGCGCUCUGGCUCGCUCACAUCAACCGCUACAUGGGCACCACGCCUCCCGAAGCCCUCGCCUUCACUCCGCACCGUUGGACCAAGAAGGAGAUUACCGACACGUAUGACCGCAUCAAGAACGGCGGUCUCGACUGGACGCCGCACCUGCCGCCCAAGCUCGACCGGAGAUACAUCGUCGUUGGCGGAUCAGGUCCCGUCGCAUCGUCAGGUCUCGUCGGCACCACCCUCGUCCUACAGCUCCUCGCCCGCGGCCAGGACCCCGCCGCCGUCCGCAUCAUCGACUUCCGCGGCCCUUCCCACGACGAGCUCCUCUCAGGCCCCGGCGCCGAAGUCGACGUCGCCCUCGCCGACAUCACCUCGCCCGAAGCCAUCGCCGCCGCCUACGCCAAGCCCUGGGCCGACCACGUCCGCGACCUGCCCCUGACCGUCUUCCACAUCGCCGCCGUCAUCCGCCCCUCCGAGCGCCACCCCCUCGUGUACGACCGCUGCGCCCACGUCAACGUCCACGGCACCGCAAACUCCCUCGCCGCCGCCCGCGCCGCCGGCGCCGACAUCUUCGUCGCCACCUCGAGCUCCAGCGUCGGCCAGCUGCCCAUCAACUUCUUCAUCGCCCCCUGGGAGAGCGAGCCCCGCCACUUCACCCAGGUCAUGACUGAGGACGACUUCGCCAAGCCCGUCCGGGCCCCCGAUCAGUACUUUGGCAACUACGCACACACAAAGGCCGUCGCCGAGCGCCUCGUCUGCGACGCCAACGAGUUCCCUGCCGGGGUCGAGGGCGCCGCCCUCGCCAAGCCCGGCGGCUUCCGUACCGGCAUCGUCCGUCCCGGCAGCCCCAUUUACGGCGGGCCCCAGGACGCCGUUCUCGGCCUUCUCCUCGCCUCCAAGGAUCCCUCCCCGACCUUUACCGCUCCCUGGAUCCAGAACUGGGUCAGCAACCGAAACGUUGCCAUGGCCCACCUCCUCUACGAGCAGCGCCUCCUGUCCCCCACGCUCGCUCCCUCGCCGCCCGCCCCUUCCUUGUCACCGACGAUGGCCCCCGUUCUCUUUGAAGACUACUACACCCUCGCCCGCACCACCGUUGCCGAGAACCCUCCCGUGCUCCAGUACCCUCCUCCGGUGCUUCUCCUAGUUCUCGCCCAGCUCAUCGAGUGGUACUGCAUCCUCCUCUGGAGAAUCCCUCUACUCAAGCUCGUCUUCUCCGAGCCGGGCUUCCUCUGUACUGGCUCCAGCCUGCUUGCUUCACAACCUCAGCCAACGUCAUCAUUGAUGAUUCCGCCGCUAGGAAGCCACCCGAGCAGGGCGGCCUCGGAUAUAAACCCGUGUGCACAACGAUGGAGGGCCUGUGCCUACAAAUAUACCAUUACAGAGAAGCCAAAACUAGGCUCCGAUACUUUCAAGAAUCCCCUCCCCCUCAACUCAUCAGCUGUCCAGAGAGCCUCUUCGCCAAAGGCUAAGUCUUGA